UAACACACCCUGAGCCCCCAAACCCUCACCCUAUUCUCUCUUUCUCUCUCUCUCUCAUCUUCUGACUCUCUUCUCUUCUAUCUAUCUUAUACCCUCUCCAAUUUGCAAACCCUACCCUCUCUCUCUCUCUGAAUCUUCGAACGCUCCUUUUCAAACCCUCGCAUUCGCUUCUUCUCUUCGCAUUCCUCGAUCGAAUCUGUUCCAUUCCUUUUUCCCGAUCUCUUCGUUUCCCAAUUCCACCAAUCUCGUACUCUACAGCGAUGGGCGACGGCAAAAUGAAUCUCCCUGACGAUCUCUUUUCUUCCAAGCUUUCCGAUUCGCACUCUUCUCUCAAAGAUGAAGCAUCAGGAGGACAUGGGGAGAAAGGGAUCACAUCACUUCUUGAUGAUUCGAAAGAUCAUGCGUCAUCUGACAGCAGCAUACCCUUAUCCCCGCAGUGGCUUUAUUCCAAACCUGUUGAUGUGAAGACUACUGCCAACCCAGUGGGGGUGAAUUCCAAUGAUCCCAUACUGAAGGAUAAUUGGCGUUUGGAGGGGUCUGUGGACAAGAAAGAUUGGAGAAAGACUGCUCCCGAUGUUGACAACAGUCGCCGUUGGCGUGAAGAGGAGAGAGAAACAAGUUUGCUUGGGAGAAGGGAUCGUAGGAAAGAUGAUCGUCGUGUGGAGAACACCUCAACCUCGGAGACUAGACCCUUGCCUGCUGAUCGCUGGCAUGAUAGCCGGGGUUCUGGCCAUGACUCUCGAAGAGAGAAUAAGUGGUCAUCAAGAUGGGGUCCUGAAGAAAAAGAGAAGGAUUCUCGAAGUGAGAAAAAGAAUGAUGUGGAGAAGGAAGAUGGUCAUGCCGAAAAACAAUCUACUGGUGCUAGCAACCGUGCAGUUUCUGAUCGUGACAUUGAGACUCGUGAGAAAUGGAGGCCACGACAUCGCUUGGAAGCUCAAGCAGCUGGUGUGGCUACAUAUCGUGCUGCACCUGGAUUUGGGCUGGAGAAAGGGCGAACAGAGGGCUCCAUUGGGCGAUUUUCACCUGGAAGAGGAAGGGCAAGUUUCAAUGGAAUCCUACAAAUUGGAAGGCCUCCCAUAGGCUCUAGUGUUGGAUCUACGCUUAUGGAUACAAAUAAAACUAUGCUGGGGAAGUCUAGCCUUGGCGCUGAUUCAUAUUGUUACCCAAGGGGUAAACUUCUUGACAUAUAUCGUAAGCAAAAGGUCGAUUCCACUUUUGAGAGCGUGCCUUCUGAGAUGGAGCAUACGUCACCAAUAACUCAAAUUGAGUCUGUAGAACCAUUAGCAUUUGUUGCUCCUGUAGCUGAGGAGGAGGAUGUCCUUAAAGAUAUAUGGAAGGGAAAAAUUACUAGCAGUGAAGUUUCCGGCCACUCCUUUAGAGGAAAGGAUGGAGGGUCAACUGAUGAUAUUUCUGGUUUUGGCGGUUCUUUAAGUGAAGGUAAACAACCUUCAAUUGGCAGUGGUCGAAAGGUUAUAUCAGGAAUUGAAAUCUUAAAUGACUCUAAACAAAAUUUUAUGGGAUCAGCAUCAGCUGCUGGUGGUAGUUCAUUGACAAAUGUAGCUGAGGAAGUUUCAAAUUUUCAAGAAGGUGAGCAGACACAUGUGCCAACUAUGGGUAUGCAUUGGAAAGAUGAGACCUCUGGUGGUAGCAGCACUAGGGAGGGAAUCAUUCCAAGAAGCAAAGUUGCUGAAUCAGAAGCUUUUGCCUAUCAUCAGGGACAACUUUCUGCUUUUGCGGAGCUUGCUAAUCAGGAUGGGAUCAAGUCAAUUGCUGCUUCAGGAGUUAGUAAUAACCUUCCUGAUGAUUCUCGCUCUCUCUUUGAUUUUUCAUCUCUGCGGCAAACUCCAAGCGUUAAUCAACAUGGCUUGAAAAUUAAUGAGAAGACAUAUCCAUCUGAAAGUGUCACUGCUCCCGAGGAGUUGAGUUUGUGCUAUCUGGACCCUCAAGGGGUGAUUCAAGGACCCUUUCUUGGAAUUGACAUCAUUUUGUGGUUUGAACAAGGUUUUUUCGGGAUUGACUUGCCUGUUCGCUUGUCGGAUGCCCCAGAAGGAUCUCCAUUUCAAGAACUUGGUGACAUUAUGCCUCAUCUGAGAGUCAACACUGGAUUAGGUUCUGAUAGUAACAUGGUUAAUCAGUCCGAACCAUCUGAUGCCAUUGGUAGGAACUUAAAAGUUGAUACCUUUGACUACAAUGGGUCUUCUGUUGGGAACGAUCAACCAUGGUCGUCAUCUCGAUCUGGUGCUACAUCCAGUGCUGGUUUUCCGUCCCAAAUACCUAAUCAGAGUUAUCACCCUGAAAUCAAGUUCUCUGAUGAGCAGUGCUUCAAUAAUAUUGCUGCACAAGAUGAGGGUUUUGCAUUGUCGAAACUGGCUGGAAGCAGCAAUGACAUCCCUUUUAUGAGACCUAUGGAUGCCAAUGCUCCAUAUUCCCAUCCUUAUGUAAAACCUGUUGCAAAUGAAGUUACUGGUAGUGAUGCUCUUAAUAGUGAGGCAGAUAAGCUGCAUCCCUUUGGUUUAUUGAUGUCCGAACUCAGAGAUGGCUCUCAUUUAAGGCGUGCACAAUCCUCCAAUAGUUCUAUGAGAUUGGGUGACCAGGGUCAUUUUAUCGAUCCACUAAUUGAUAGAGAUGCUCCUUUUACUGAUCAAAGCUCAAUGGGUGGCAUGGUUAAUCAAUCUUCUUUCAGGGAGCCAUGGGCUGAUGAAUAUGGGAUAAAUAGGCAUUUUAAUCCUAAUCAGCGUGUAGGUUCACUAGAAGAUCAGUUCUUGUCUUCCCGUAUGGGACCAAAUUUCAAUAAUUUUGAUGUGGCCGAGCAUCUUAUGUUGCAAAAACUGCAGAAGGAACGGCUUCAGCAGCAGCAGCAGACAGAACGACUUCAGCAGCAGACAGAACGACUUCAGCAGCAGCAGCAGACUAAUAUAUCUAAUCAUUUCCCUGCACAUCUUAAUGGGUCGGAUUUAGAUAGGUUUCCUGGUUUCUCUCCUCAAAGCAAUAACUCUGGCAUUCAGCAAAUGAUGCAGAAUCCUGGGUCAGAUUUCGAUCGUCUUUUCGAACUGCAGGUUCAACAACGCCAGCUUGAGAUCCAACAACAGCAAGAUAUGCAUCAUCAACAACUACUUCACCAACAAUUGAAACUACAGCCACAACAACAGUCUUUGCUUCUUGAACAGUUAAUGCAUCAACAAAUCUCUGAUCCCAAUUUUGGACAUUCAAAACAUGAUCCUUCUAGGGAAAACUUGUUAGAUCAGGUACAGUUGAGGAGAUAUCUGCACGACUUGCAGCAAAAUUCACAUUCUUUCGGACACCUUGAUCCAUCAAUAGAGCAGUUUAUUCAAGCAAAUAUGGGCCUCAAUGCUGCCCAGGGAAGGCAAGCUGAUUUGUCAGAGCUCUUGCUGCAAGCAAGGCAAGGAAAUAUAUUGCCAUCAGAACAACAGCUUCGUUUUCAGCAAGAACAGUUGCAAGCACAGCAGUUAUCUUUGGCUCUUAGACAGCAGUUAGGGUUGGAUGGAGAAAGGCAUUUUGGUAGGUCGUGGCCUAUUAAUGAAACUGGACAGUUAGUAAGAAAUCCAUCAAACCACCAACUGGGUCAUUCAGCUGGAUUUAAUGUUUCAGAAAUUCACAAACAGCAGCAGAGGCUUGUGGCACAAGAGGAGCAAUUAAAUUAUCUGGGAAGGAAUCAUCUUGAGCAGAACCAGAGGGGGUUCUAUGAUCCUAGUUCUAUGAUGUUCGAGAGGUCUUCACCUGUUUCUGUUCAAGGCAGGGAAUUACUAGAACGUCGUCGCUAUAUGCACCCAACCGAUCAAUUGGGUGCUUUGUCAUCUCACCACCUACAAUCAUCUGAUGAUCUUUUCAGCCACCAUUCCCUCUCUGGCAACAAUGGGCAUGUGGAUAAUAGUUGGAUUGAUCCACGGGUGCAGCUACAACAUCUUGAAGCUAUGAGGCAGAGAAGAGAGUUGGGGGAUAAUAUUACAACGGCAGAUCUAAACAUAUCUGCAUCUGCUGGAGGUCAUGAAGAGAGUUCAGGACGAGGUUUUGUGGACCUUCUUCAUCAAAAACUGGGUCUUCAAUCUGCACAAUCAUCAACUGUUGAUAAGUGGCAUCCUCUUUCGUCAAGAAGUCAUGAUAAAUCUUGGCAUGUACCUGAGGCAAGCACAAUGAUUCAUCCUUUUGAGCUUCCUCCAGAUCAGCAAGCCCAUCGUCUGAAUGAUCCAUUUUUAGAAAGGGCUCAAAGUGCAAAUUCCAGUUCCCUAAUGCAUGAUCAUUUAAACAACAUACAUAUGAAUGAGCAGUACAACAAUCUAGGGAAUAUUGAAAGAGUGCCUCUUCGGUCUAGAUCUGGUUCAUUACUUGAAGAGCAAUCUCUGUUAUCUAUGAAUAAGGAUAAUUUGCAUCCCAAUUAUAGAAUUCCUUUUCAGAUUGGUAAAUCAUCUAUUGAAAAAGACUCACUUGAGUUGGAGACAAAUAAAGGACAAAGAAAUGAGUUUAUGGGCACAGUGAGCAAGUUUGUUCCUGGGAUGUCAGACUUGUCAGAACAAGUUGAAAGCACUAUGCCUUCCAUGGAAAUGCCUGCUAUUGCCCAUAGUAGACAUAGCUCACUAAGCAGUGCUGGUGGUGACGGUGGCUCUUUCGGUCGUGAGAUGGGUUUGAAUAAUUCACGUGGAGAUGAGGUUUCUAGUGACAGGAUACCCCCUUCAACAAAAGGGUUUGAUAAUGCAUUUCAUAAGCGCCCUCAUGUAUCUCGUGUUUUGUCCUCCCCAGACGUCCAGUCAGACCAACCAUCUGUACCUCAUGCCAAUCAGAACCAUUUAUUAAACCUUACAUCCACUGAAGGGAGGCGAGAACCGUCUGGAAAUUUGUCAACUACCAGCGUGAUGGAUGCACAAGCUUCUGGUAAAAAAGAAGCUCGGUUUAGAUCUUCAUCCUUCAGUGAAGGUGCUGUGUCAGAGGCAUCAUUUAUUGACAUGCUUAAAAAGCCUGUUCUUCCUGAAGUGGACACCCAUCCAACCAUUGGAGCUGGGGCAGAGUCUGCUGAUGGUGGUCAAGCAGGGCGAGGUGGUGGCAAAAAGAAGGGCAAGAAAGGGAAGCAAAUAGAUCCUUCUCUUCUUGGUUUCAAGGUCUCCAGCAAUCGGAUCAUGAUGGGUGAGAUACAACGUCCUGAAGAUUAAUUUUUGAUGCUUGUGUAGAUUGUCUGUAUAAUUUUUUACAAUUCUUUUUUUACUUCAUAUUUUUUUGGGGUAAGGGAUCAUUGGUGUAUAGUUCACUAGAGCAUAGCCAUAAUGUUUCAAUACAACAGUUUUUAUUUUCAAAUGAUAGGUAUAGUGCUUUUAUUGAAAUCCCUUGACUAGUGUGUACAGUCACUGAUGAGUGUAUGUAUAUACGAGGAAGCUAUGCGUUUUAACGUUUUUUGUUGGUUAAAAUGGAUAUGAAGAGGAUUAAAUUAUUCAUCAUACUUAGUGGAUUGUUUAGGGUUGAAUAAUUUUGUUUUGGUUGAGUAGACUUUUGGUACUCGGAAAUAGAUGAGUAUUUUCUUGCUGAGUA